UCGCGAGGUUUACCGCUUGAUUGACAGGCGGCAGCGAAGAGUGUUGAGUGGCGGCCUUACGUUCUGAUCAGUAACCGCGGUGUAGUCGGUGCCGGGGGCGGGGGGAGAUUCAACAAUGACCACGGUGGAGGAGUUGUACCGUAACUACGGCAUCCUGGCGGACGCCACGGAGAAUGUGGGCCAGUACAAAGAUGCAUAUCAGGGCAUUCUUGAUGGUGUGAAGAGUGGUGCCAAAGAGAAAAGAUUGGCAGCGCAGUUUAUUCCCAAGUUCUUCAAACAUUUUCCUGAGUUGGCAGAUAGUGCUAUCAAUGCCCAGUUGGAUCUCUGUGAGGAUGAAGAUCUUUCCAUUCGUCGUCAAGCCAUUAAAGAACUUCCUCAGUUUGCAACAGGUGAAAACCUACCAAGAGUUGCAGAUAUAUUAACACAGCUUUUACAAACUGAUGAUAGUGCGGAGUUCAAUUUGGUUAAUAAUGCGUUAAUAUGUAUAUUCAAGAUUGAUGCCAAAGGAACCUUAGGUGGUCUUUUCACACAGAUAAUACAAGGGGAGGAUAUUGUGCGAGAGCGUGCGAUAAAGUUCCUUUCUACAAAACUGAAGGUAGUACCAGAGGAAGUUAUGACCAAAGAAGUAGAAGAAUACAUUUUUGUGGAGUCCAAAAAGGUACUGGAUGAUGUGACAGGAGAGGAGUUUGUUUUAUUCAUGAAGAUUCUGUCCAGCCUUAAGAAUCUUCAGACAGUAAGUGGUCGACAACAGCUGGUGGAGCUGGUGGCUGAACAGGCAGAUUUAGAGCAGGUGUUUAAUUCUGCAGAUCCAGAUUCUGUGGACAGACUACUACAGUGCACAAGACAGGCAGUUCCACUUUUUUCGAAAAAUGUCCAUUCAACCAGAUUUGUCACCUAUUUUUGUGAACAAGUACUACCAAACCUCAGCUCUCUUACCAGCCCAGUAGAAGGCCUUGACAUUCAGUUGGAGGUUUUAAAGUUGCUGGGAGAAAUGACACCUUUCUGUGGUGAUAUGGAAAAGUUAGAAAGUAACUUAAAACAGUUAUUUGAAAAAUUGCUGGAAUAUAUGCCAUUACCCCCAGAAGAAGCAGAAAAUGGUGAAAACGCAGGCAAUGAGGAGCCAAAGCUACAGUUCAGCUAUGUUGAAUGUCUGUUAUUUGGCUUUCAUCAACUUGGAAAGAAGCUUCCUGAUUUCCUCACAGCUAAACUCAAUGCAGAUCGACUGAAGGAUUUCAAAAUAAGAUUACAGUAUUUUGCAAGAGGUUUACAAGUUUAUAUCCGACAACUACGUCUUGCUUUACAAGGAAAAACAGGUGAAGCUUUAAAAACAGAAGAGAACAAAAUCAAAGUUGUUGCAUUGAAGAUAACCAAUAACAUUAAUGUUCUCAUCAAGGAUCUGUUCCACAACCCUCCCUCUUAUAAAAGCACAGUCACCCUUUCUUGGAAGCCUGUACAGAAGGCUGAAGUAGGGCAAAAACGAAUGGCUGAGGAAAACACUUCAUCCCCUCCGAAGAAACAAUCCCCAGCACAAAAACGGGAUACCAGACAGAUUUACAAUCCACCCAGUGGCAAAUACAGCAGUAAUCUUGGUAAUUUCUCCUAUGAACAGCGAGGAGGUUUCCGUGGAGGUAGAGGACGAGGCUGGGGUGGACGAGGAAAUCGUAGCAGGGGACGUCUCUAUUAGAACGAAAGGCUCCUUCACCAUUGUCCAUUGUGCAGUAGUUACUGUGUAUUAUAAUCUUGGGAUUGCUACACAGCACCUAUAAGAACAGCUAGUAGCCUUCAAAGGAGAAUUCUGUAUUUAAGAAAACCUAAUUCCUAGAAGAUACCUUUGUACAUUUCGAUCUAUGUUUAUAUGUGGGAAUGUGAAACUGUUUUUCCAAGCCCACACGAUUGUUCUGAAAUGUGCUUUUAAUUUCUUUUUCUUUGUUUUAUACUGCAGUUCUGACAUUUAUAAUAAUUGUAGGCUGGAAGGAAUUUUCAAAACAUAAAGCACAGCAACAAUUGACAUUCCAAAAUCCAUCUUGGCAAAAGCAGUAGGAUAAUUUGAAAUAUGGUAGGAAAUUUAUGAGUAACUCUCGUUAUGCUACAUGUUCUCCAACUGGCAGUUUCCCACUAUGUGAUAUAAAAUCUGCAUUUGCAGCAAUAUUUGAAAUAGUCCUUUUGUGAUCUCUGGCCAGUAUGGGAAAUUUCAAGCCGUUCUGAAUUCCCAGUGCCAUUGUUUUAUUUCCAAAUAAAUAUUUGCCGCUAGACAAAGUAGCAUCAUGGUAACAGUUCAUGAGAAGACUCUUGCAGCACUAGCAUUUCCAAACUUUGGAUUUCAUGCUCCUCACGUUGAAAUACCUAACCUUUUAAUUCCCUACAAUAGAAUCCUACUCUGAUAGUAGAUUAGCAGUGGUUUUCAAAGGCUGGCUAACAAAUGAUAGGAACUUCGAAAUUUUUUUUUCCCCAGUUUCUCUCUCUCUGGAUUAUGUUUUGCCUUUUCGCAGUAGUUCACUGCUUCCUGAUUGAAAUUGGUGAAUUUAAUUUGUGUUGAAACUAUGGUUAGAAGCACACUUGUAUAGCGGUAUAUUCAUAUCCAGCGUGCUCCUCCAUUGGGGCUGGGUCAGGAGUUGUUCUUCUGAAUCUAGGCAGAUGCAACCCAAACUCAGUUCAGUAUGUAUCCUUCGGCAAAUGAAUGGCACUAUCCCUGUUGAUGAACAUAAGACUCCAUGCUGUGAUAAAACUACUUAGUGCUGUGCAGUAUUUACAUAACCUGUUGCAUUUUUAUGAUCUGUGUGGAUUAAUUGUUGAGUGCUAUAGUACUGAAGUACUGUAUUCAAAAAGUACCUGUAGUUUUAAAAAAAGAAUGAUUUGCUUGAUUCCAAAGCUUUGUCUGCAUUUGUGCUUUGAUCCCAACUUCAUUGCCGAGCUGCGUGGCCGAUAAUCUUUUGACAGCAAUAUUACUUUAUUGUGCGUUUGCAUCGUCAUGAGGUAAGUUUGCUAAUCUAUUCUUGUCCAUUCUUCAGUUUUUAUCCCUCUGUCCCAGUAAACUGACAACUAACAACUUUCUUACACUAAUUUUUUUUUCUGAUCAUUAUAUGUAUAUAUUUUAAAAUGAGAACGAAAACCAUUGCAUUAUUAAGCUGAACACCAUAUCUAUAUAACAGAAUCAUAUAUGGUUUGAUUGUGGUUUUGAGCAAACCUACGUAAUCAGCAGGUUAACCCUUUCUAAUCAAUUUUCACUAGCUUUCAAAUGCUUCAAGAGAUGAUACACUAUCACACAUCAGGUCUGGUUGUGGGAAUUAAUGUCCAGCAUGCUUACACAACACAUUACAUUAUGGUUCUAGUUAUUGUUAUAUGGAUGCUACAGUCACCAGCAUGACUGUGAAUAAACUGCAAGUUGUGAGACGUUAUUGCAUCAUGAUCUUGCAGAAAAUUCACUUGCAUUGGUGAUCUUAGGAGUCUAGCUUUAAAAGCCCAGUUAUCUCAAUUGGAAAAAAUAAACAUUAAAUCAAGGCAGUAACUUGUGAAUUGGUGAAAGCUAUACAAAAACUUGGCAAAGUACUUUCACUGCGCCCAUGGUGGUGAUGAAAGCCACUGUGGGAUUGUUAAUGUCAAAAUUUGAACUGUGAAAAAAAUCUGAAUGGUGAAACAAAAUGGUCUUGAAUUAACAUUCACAUAUGUAUUUUGGUUCUUUAAUAUCAAUUGUCAAUGUUACAGUCGUUUCAGAAUAUGAGUGAUACACAACUAUUUAACUGCUUAACUACCUAGAUUUUAAAUUUAUCAUCGUGCAGACUUAAAUAGUAGAAGCUGUAUUUUGGAAGCUUGUUGGAGGUGAAUGAAUGCAUUAUGAGCAAAUCUGCAUGAAUGAUAUUUUCAUAUUCAUUUUCUAAAAUCCAGGUAUUGUACAGUUUCUUUGUGUGGAAGCUACCUGAUACAUUACCGAUAAAGAAGGUAUUUCAGGGAAAGAUGCUUGUGAAAAAGAAUACAGUGGAACCUUUUCAUUUAUUUAGUCUUUGAUUUGGAAUAUAACAGUGCAAGACCUUUUAGCAGCAUGUGGAAAGUUUCAAUUGUCUUUCUCUUGUGCAGAAAGAUUUAUUUCAACAUUGGGUUUAAAUGCAAAUUGAGAUGUAGAAAGUAAUUAAUGAAUUCUAUCUCUACGGCUGUAGAUAAAGCAGUUUGUUCAAAUUUUAUUGAGAAAAGAUGUAAUUGCAUGUGACCUUUUUAUAGGGAUAUCCAUAUUUAGAGAAUGCAAUUUGUAGAAUUUUGCUAGUUUUUAAAAUGUCAUUGCAGCUUCUGUUUAGAAAUGCAACGAAGUUGACUGUUCACUGCCUCAUUUUCCUUUAGUGGAAGGAAAUGUAAGCAUUGCCCCAUCCUUUUGGAAUAAAACAUUUUGUACAGUAAUAGUGCACACUGUGUAUUUUUUACUGUGCACCUGUAAUCAAUUUGUAAACUAUCAUGGAAGGUAAAAACUAAAUUGUCAACUAUCAGGUUUUCCAGAAUUAUGCUUAACCAAUAACUAUUGAAAAAGUUUAAGUAUUUUUAUAUAGUCUGUUAUGUUCGAUCGUUAACUGAGGUGGUAUGGGCUGAGGUUAAAAACAGGAAAGGAGAAGUCACCAUGCUGGGAGUUUUCAAUAGGCCUCCGAAUAGUCCCAGAGAUGUAGAGGAAAGGAUAGCAAAGGUGAUUCUCGAUAGGAGUGAGAGGGGCAGGGUAGUUGUCGUGGGGGACUUCAACUAGCUAAAUAUUAACUGGGAUCACUUCAGUGCGAGUACUAUAGAUGGGUCAGUUUUUGUCCAGUGUGUGCAGGAGGACUUCCUGACACAGUAUGUAGACAGGUCUACAAGGGGCAAAGCCACUUUAGAUUUAGUACUGGGUAACGAGCCUGGCCAGGUGUUAGAUUAGGAAGUAGGUGAGCACUUUAGAGACAGCGAUCACAAUUCUGUCAGAUUUACUUUUGUGAUAGAAAGGGAUAGGUGUACAGUUAGAGUUAGAGCUGGGGGAAGGGAAAUUGCAAUGCAAUUAGAAAAGAUUUAGGAAGCAUAGAAUGGGGAAGGAAACUGCAGGAGAUGAGCACAUUAAAGAUGUGGAGCUUAUUCAAGGAAAAGCUCCUGUGUGACCUAGAUAAGUGUGUACCUGUCGGGCAGGGAGGAAGAUAUAGAAUGCGUGAGCCAUGGUUUACUAAGGAAGUGGAAUCCCUGGUCAAGAAGAAGAAGAAGUCUUAUGUUCGGGCAAAAUGUGAAAACUCAGUUAGGGCGCUUGAGGGUUACAAGGAAGUCAGGAAAGACCUAAAAAGAGAGCUCAGAAGAGCCAGGAGGAGACAUGAGAAGUGGUUGGUGGAUAGGAUCAGGGUUAACCCUAAGGCUUUCCAUAGGUAUGUCAGGAAUAAAAGAAUGACGAGAGUUAAAUUAGGGCCAAUCAAGGAUAAUAGUGGGAAGCUGUGUGUGGAGUCAGAGGAGAUAGGGGAAGCACGGAAUAAAUAUUUUUCUACAGUGUUCACUAUAGAAAAUGAAAAUGUUGGCGAGGAAGAUACUUGCAUCUAGACCAGAAGAGGUUGAGGUUCACAAGGAAGAGGUAUUAGGAAUACUGCAGAAAAUAGACAAGUCCCCUGGGCCGGAUGGGAUCUAUCCUAGAAUCUUCUGGGAGCAAGGGAAGAGAUUGCCGUGCCUUUGGCAUUGAUCUUCAAAUCAUCAUUGUUGCAGGAAUAGUGCCUGAGGACUGGAGGAUAGCAAAUGUGGUUCCCCUGUUCAAAAAGGGUAGUAGAGACAACCCUAGUAAUUACAAACCAGUGAGUCUCACAUCAGUUGUUGGUAAAGUGUUGGAAAAGAUUGUAAGAGAUAGGAUUUUUAACCAUCUAGAAAAGAGUAAUCUGAUCAGGGACAGUCAGCACGGUUUUGUGAAGGGUAGGUCGUGCCUAACGAAUCUUAUUGACUUUUUGAACAAAGUGACCAAACAGGUAGAUGGGAGUAAACUGGUUGAUGUGGUGUAUGUGGAUUUCAGCAAGGUGUUCGAUAAGGUUCCCCACAGUAGGCUAUUAUACAAAAUGUGGAGGAAUGGGAUUGUGGGAGACAUAGCAGUUUGGAUCAGUGUUUUCUUUCAGCAAGCCAAUUAGAGGGUUGUAGUUGAUGGAACAUGUUCAUCUUGGUGUCCAGUUACUCGCGGCAUACCGCAAGGGUUGGUGUUGGGUUCCACUGCUGUUCGUCAUUUUUAUAAAUGACCUGGAUGAGGGCUUAGAAGGGAGGGUUAAGUAAAUUUGCGGACGGCACUAAGGUUGGUGGAGUUGUGGAUAGUGACGAAGGAUGUAGUAGGUUGCAGAGAGACAUAGAUAGGAUGCAGAACUGGGCUGAGAUGUGGCAAAUGGAGUUUAAUGUGGACAAGAGUGAGGUGAUACACUUUGGACGGAGUAAUUGGAAUGCAAAGUACUGGGCUAAUGGUAAGAUUCUUGGGAGUGCAGCUGAGCAGAGAGAUCUCGGUGUCCAUGUACACAGGUCCCUGAAAUUUGCCACCCAGAUUGACGGGGUUGUGAAGGAGGCAUACAGUGUUUUGGCCUUUAUUAGUAGAGGGUUUGAGUUCCAAAACCAGGAGGUUAUGCUUCAGCUGUACAAAGCUCUGGUACGGCCACACUUGGAGUAUUGUGUACAGUUCUGGUCACCGCAUUAUAAGAAGGAUGUGGAAGCUUUGGAAAGGGUGCAGAAGAGAUUUACUAGGGUGUUGCCUGGUCUGGAAAGAAUAUCUUACGAGGAAAGGCUGAGGGCCUCGAGGCUGUUCUCGUUAGAGAGAAGAGGGUUGAGGUGACUUAAUAGAGACAUACAAGAUAAUCAGAGGGUGAGAUAGGGUGGACAGGGAGAGCCUUUUUCCAAGUGUGGGGACGGCAAACACGAGGGGAUACAACUUUAAAGUGAGGGGAGAUAGGUAUAAGACAGAUGUCAGAGGUAGUUUCUUUACUCAGAGAGUAGUAAGGGUAUGGAAUGCUUUGCCUGCAACGGUAGUAGAUCCGCAAAGUUUAAGUACAUUUAAGUCAUCAUUGGACAGGCAAAUGGACGUACGUAGAAUGAUGUAGGUGGGAUGGGCUUCUGAUUAGUAUGACAGGGCGAUGCAUCAUCGAGUGCCGAGGGGCCUGUACUGCGCUGUUCUAUAUAGAUGGGUACUUUCUUUUUAAAUGUACAGCAGUGUUGAGAGCAACUUUGACAGUGAGUGACUGGGUUGUGUGACCUAGCAAAAUCUAGAAAAUAAGUAGAUGGUGCAGAUCCCCAGUAAAUUGCUGAAUACUAAAGUAUUCAAUCAAAAUUUAGAUGUUGACCUUAAAUGAAAGGCAAAAUAGGAUGCUCAUUUGCAUUCAAGCAGUAGGAAUUCUAAUUGUGUACAUUAUACUUGGGAACAUUUCUAAUUGUGAGGAUGUGUGGAAAGGUGUGUUGUCAAAAGGUGGCCUAUUUGGAUCUGUAUCAGAAAAUUGAAAACAGCUUGUUAUUUGCUGAUUCCUAUAUGUUUUGUCACCUUGCAUUAAAUGUCUUCCUUUGCCCCCAAAACACAAUUACUUCUCCUAAUUUGGAAAGAUCUUGGUCUGACAAAUCAUGCAAUAAGUAGUGCUAUAAGGAAAUUUAGUACUGUAAAUCACUUGAAACAAAAGAGAACAUUGCAAUGUUUGUCCUGUGAGCUAGUAUCUGACUGCCUGUAAUGUGCACGCUAUCUUCAGCUACUUAGUAAUUCUAACAUUUGAAUGAAUUAAUGAUUCAUUGUCACAUGUAUGAAUUAUCAAAGUACGUGGUAAUUGUGGAUUCAUUAAGUUUUCAUCUAAAUUCUGCGAUUGCAAAGUUCAUUCUAAUGUUGACCUUUUAUCUUUACCUUUACAUGUAAGUGCUCACUGGAAUUUCAUAAUACGCAAAUUUGACUUAAGAGCAAGACUAGGCCACUUGGCCCUCCAUUCCACCAUGCAAUACGAUCAUUGCUGACCUGAUAACUGCAUUUUCCUGCUUACACCCAAAUGAGUUUUCACCCCUUGCUUACCAAGUAUUUAUCUAUCGCUGCCUGAAAAAUAUUCGCAAACUUUGAUUCCUCCACCUCUUAAGAUAGAGGUACCAAAGUCUCUCAACCCUCUUGUCAUCCUCAAGUUAAAUGACUAAUCCCUUAUUUUUGAACAGUGACAUCUAUGUCUAGAUUGUCCAACAAAAGUAAAUGUAUGAAAAAAAUGCAGGAAUCAUAUGAAGGGAAUUGAACAUUUUUUCAGAUGAAAUAUAAAUGGAUUAAAGCAGCAUGUAAGCUCUAGUGCCUUGCUGUAAUACUUCAAUGUGGUUUCAACAGCUUCAUGAAAAUACUAAAAUAUCAAGUACAUUUAGAUGUAGUGUAUGUGCUGUGUACAUUUUUUGCCGUCCACAAUUUGAUGUCAAACCUGGUCAUUUACAUAGUUAAUUUUUUAUUUUAAGUAUGAAAUUUAGGUCUAACGAAAGUAGAAUUUCUUUUGGGAAGGAUUUUUAAAAGCUUAAUUCCAAUCAUACCAAUUUAACCAUAUUGCUUUCCUACACUGCCUUGUACUAAACUUGUUCUGUACUCUGUCCUGAGUAUCAUUGAGUGGAUGACAAGAGGGACACAGAUUGGUCAUUCAAUAUGGACUGCAUUUUUAUUGUGAGGCUUUUUCCUUCAUCUAGCCUGGGUUAGUAAGUGAUCCUCCAUGGAUUUCUGGAAAGAUCAAUAUAUCCCACCCUGAUAGUGAUAGAAUAUUAGUGUAGUAACUUGUUCCAAAAAGAUUAGGAUGUGUGGGUGCAUGUCAUUUUUCACAAAGUUGAGUUCCUAGUGCCUGAAACGAAGAGCAAGUUGUUUCUGGAUUAGAAGAGGCAGUUACCAAGAAGAUUUAUGGAAAAAAUUGAGUGUCAUAAUCAGCUGUGAUAACCAGAGCAUCAUAUUCAAAAUAUAAUUGAAUCGGGAAACUAUGGUCUUAUUUUCUAUGAUUCGGGUUUGUUGUGCCUGCUUAGUUCACAGUUCUCUUUAUUAUUUUCUGCUGUACAUUGGUUGGAUACGUUGACUGUAAAUAUACCAGUGUCUCUUCUAUUGGCUAUUUCAACACAAUUCACAAACUAAUAAGUAUUUCCCAGUUCUUCCUUUCCUGUAUAGUUUAACGUUUUUAAAUCUUCUACAUGCUUGCAUUAAAUGUCAAAUAAUUUUUCUACCUAGUUAACACUGUAUUUAAAUCAGUAAAUUCUGACUGCCUCCUUUUGAUUUCAGUUCCCUUUGUAGCUUUGUUUCUUCUGAAAAUGUUUCCAAUUUACGUUUGAGUUCCUAAAUCCAAUUGUGUAAAUUAGAAAAGUUAGUCGUAGCCCAGCUUAAUCUUUCACCCAUUUCUUCCCCAUUCCCCCCACCCCUAACACAUGUACACGCGCACACAAGUUCAGUGUCACUUGCUAAAACAAGUACCUUACCUGAAUCCUGACAAUUUAUGGCUGGUCAAAUAGACUUUCAUGUAAAAUGUCAGACAUCUUUUGGAAAUAGAGGUAUGGUGCAUUUUAGUGAAUCCUGGAUUUUUCUUAAAGAUAUCAAGGAAGUUGUUCAGGCAGAAGUUCUGAUUCUCCACCCAUGUUGAUUAUUGUUUUACGGAAUUGCCCAGCUAAUUUUCAGUCUUGAGAAAGUGAGGACUGCAGAUGCUGGAAAGUCAGAGUUGAAAAGGGUAAUGCUGGAAAAGCACAACAGGUCAGGCAGCAUCUGAGGAGCAGGAGAGUAGACGUUUCCGGCAUGAGCCCUUCGUUAUGAUGUGGAGGGGGAGGGGCAUGAGAGAUAAAUGGAGGAUGUGGGGAUGGGGCUGGAGGAAAGGUAGGUAAGGAGGUGAUAGGUAGAUGCAGAUGGGGGCUAAUUGUGAUAGUUCGGUGGGGAGGGUGGAGCGGGCUAUGGGAAGGAAGAUGGACGGAUAGGACAUGCCAAGACAUGCCGAGUUGAAGGGUUGGAUCUGGGAGGAGAGAUUUGGGAACUAAUGAAAUCGUUGUUGAUGCCGUGUGCUUGAAGGGUCCCAAGGUGAAAGAUAAGGUGUUCCUCCAGUCUUGCAUAACUGAAGUAGUUACCUGUGUUUGUCACCUUGUUUUGAGUAUGACUCUUUUCCAGUCUACUGACACCUCUUCAACAUCUAGUGAGUCUAAUUUAUCAAUAUCUCCAAAAUCUCCACAUUUACUCUUAGAUGUCAUUGAUCCUGGAUGCUGUCAAUGGAGAUGUACUGUAUUUGAAGGACUUCUGAUUCUAUACCUGCAUUUUCUAAAUAUCAGAAUCUUUGUUUUUGCUGGGAUUAUUUGUGUGCAAUAUUGAUAACGUAUUACCGAGUGGAAUUAUUGAAGAAAAUGAUCACUCGCUAUGCUUAAUACUUGUGUUCAUUCUUUUACAGCCUGUCAACAUACCCUAUGGUUCUUACAUAUUUCCUGAUUAUACGUUUGCUAACAUUCUGAAAGGGUUGUCUUUAGUUACAUUUUGGGUCUGAAGUUAUUUCUUUUCUAGGGAUCCCUUUGUCUUCCGAUCAUCCUUUUCAUGUGUUUGAUACUAAUCCCAGUUAGUACCUUCCGUUUGCCUUCUGUGGGAUUUUCCCGCUUUUCUCUUGAUUUGUCCACUUAGUUUUAUACUUGCCUGGUUUAUACUUGUGAAUUCCAGGCAUGUCUGUCUAUCCUACAUGCCAUGCAUUGUUUCUGGAAGGUGUUCAACCCAUCAACCAACUGCAGAACAGCCAUACAAAACCAAUUUCCCUUUAAUUGGUCCUUCCAAGAUGAUGCACCUGACUCCUGAAUGUCUCUCAAAUUUCUGAAUUUUAAAACUAUUUUUAUUACUUUGGAUCAUUUAUGCACAUACGGUCAAACUUCACACUGAAGCACUUGAGCGUUGCCUUUGCACAUUCUGAACCCGCAUGAACGCAGGGCAGCUGAAAAAAGUAAAAUAAAUGAGAAUGCACCAAAUAAUAUUUAUAAAUGAAAGUAGAAAGGAAACAACUACAAGGAAUCCACUGAGCAAAUUUUGAGGAGCCAGUCAGAAGGAUCAGAAUUAAGAUGAAGGCCAUGAGGUACGUUUACUGUGAACACGGCAUAAUGAAGGUGAAAAUGUGCAAAACCAAUCUCAUCAAAAAGCCUGAGAUUAAACCUAAUGAUGAAAGUACAAAAUGUCUUCUGUAACUUUUUUGUACAGAGGAUGGUACGCGUAUGGAAUGAGCUGCCAGCAAAAGUGGUUGGGGCCAGUACAUUAACAACAUUUAAAAGGCAUUUGGGCAAAUACAUGGAUAGGAAAGGUUUAGAAGGAUACAGGGUUCUCAUGAAUGGACAUUUUGGUCAGCAUGGGCCAGUUUGGGCCAAAGGGACUGGGUCAGUGCUAUAGGACUCUAUGACUAUCUGUGAAUAGAUAGUAAAAGUGAGAUGUUUUGACUGUGUGGGUUAUACUCAACCUAAUGGGGUGAAUCAUUACUUUGCAAGUAUAAAAUGGUUGACUGCAAGUCUGUAAUGGAAAUAACUACAGGAAAGACACAACAGGCAACUAAACUCUCAUCUGUUUUGCACCAAUGCAAAGUAUCGGCCCCUUUUGAUAAACCAACCCAAGUUAACCAGUUACUCAAAGGACUAGCAAUUGUUGCAAAUUAAUUGCAUGAAGUAUAUUCAGGAAAUCAAUAAAGAUGUAUUUAUUUUUAACAAUUAAUUUGUACAAAACUUUUAGCUUUAAUAUUGCAGAAGUUCAUUCGACUGAGCCAUAUGGGAAUAUGACAUCAAAAGAUGUAAUUAUCUAGAAUUUGCUGUGUCUUGGAUAAAAAGUUUUUUUUUGGUUUUUGCAGUUUAAAACCUAUAGUAAGUAAACUGUUCUAUUCUGUAGGAAUUACAAACAGAACAUAAAAAGCUAUUACCAUGUUGCAUAGUUUCAUAUUGUGUGGAGUUUAAUCUAUGCAAUGUGUGAUGAA